UUCCAACAUCGCACUUUCUCUUGCUCCGCUCUUCAUCACAUCCCAUGACUUAAGGACGACGACUGAAUUGAUAGCUCUUCAAUCCGUACAUUUGACUGCCAUCUCCGUGACCUCUCGCCGCUGGACACUCUAUCACAAUGGCUGAACAAGGCGAACUCAAGAAGCUCGGCGUGACCGCGCCCAUCAGCAUCGAGCCACCCCAGCCAGAUGACCUCAAGUCAAGCGAGGCGCUCAUGGCCGACCUCAUUCACCUGAACCAGUUCGAGUCAGAGCAGGAGCGCAAGGUCCGUGAGAAGCUUCUUUCGAACAUCCAGCAGCUCGUCACCAAGUUCGUCCACGACGUCUCCAUCAAGCAGGGCCUGUCUGAGAAGGUUGCGACAGAGGCAGGCGGUCGCAUCUACACUUCAGGCUCAUACCGUCUUGGCGUUCACGGCCCCGGCUCGGAUAUCGAUACCAUCUGCGUUUGCCCCCGACACAUUUACCGCGAGCACUUCUUCAAUGAGUUUCAGCAGAUGCUGCGGGAGUGGCCCGCUGUCACAGAGAUCUCGGCCGUGCCAACGGCAUUCGUGCCCGUCAUGAAGACGGUCAUCUCGGGUGUGGAGGUGGACCUGCUGUUCGCGCGCGUGAACUUACCAGAGGCUGGCGACAAGCUUGACAUUGAGAAAGACGAGAUUCUGCGCGGCGUCGAUGACCCGUCGCAGCGAAGUUUGAACGGUCCCCGUGUCACAGACAUGAUCCUCAACCUCGUGCCCAACGUCGCGACGUUCCGCACAGCGCUUCGCACCAUUCGUCUCUGGGCGAAGCGGCGAGGCAUCUACUCGAACGUGCUUGGUUUCCCAGGUGGUGUCGCAUGGGCGCUGCUCACGGCGCGAAUCUGCCAGUUGUACCCCAACGCUGCGCCGUCUACGAUUGUGUCUAAAUUCUUCCCGAUCUACUACCUGUGGGACUGGCCGCAGCCUGUGCUUCUCAAGCGCAUGGAUCCCGGGCCGCCCAACAUGACUCACACCGUGUGGAACCCAAGAACUGACCGCCGCGAUAUGGCACACCGCAUGCCUGUCAUCACACCCGCAUACCCCUCAAUGUGCUCGACACACAACAUCACCGCCUCGACAAUGACGGUGAUCAAGAACGAGAUGCUGCGCGCAAUGCAGAUCACCGACAAAAUCGUGUCAGUCCCAGGAUCAUCAUGGGUGGAGCUCUUCGACCAGGUUGACUUCUUCAGCCAGUACAGGAUAUACGUCCAGGUCAUCGCUGCGGCAUCCACAUCAGGCGGUAUAAAGGAUUGGAGCGGCAUGGUUGAGUCACGUAUCCGCGCUCUUGUCCAGGACCUCGAGAACACCGAGACCAUACUGCUCGCCCACCCGCAAACUGGCGGCGUGUCCAACACGUUCGUCUGUCUCAAUGAGGAGGAGCAGGCAGCCGCCUCGCAGGGCGAGCUGAGCGUCGAGGCAAUGAAGCGGAAAGAGGAGGACUUUGCCGGGCAGGACUACAAGUUGGUGUACACGAAGAAUUUCUUCAUCGGGCUGGAGAUUGCGAAGACGCCAAAGGGAUCGCAGGGCGGUCGCGUCCUCAACCUCUUCUACCCCAGUAAACGGUUCUGUGCAGCUUGCCAGGGGUGGGACAAGUACGACGAGCAGGAGAUGAGCGUCAUCCUCCGGCCAGCCAGGCGCUCCGACCUUCCAUUCUACGUUUUCCCCGACGGCAUCCCUCGACCGAAAAAGAAGGGCAAGCGCGAGAAGGUCGCAGCCGAGUCUGGCGCCGAGGAGCAGCCCGAGGGCAACGGGCAAGGCCCGGCCAAGCGCUCCAAGUCGGCGGGCGGUAUGGAGGAGACGGACGAGGCGCCCGCUGCUGACUCUAUACCAGGCCAGACGCUUCCUGACGCGACGGGCGCCGACCCGACGCCUGACGACGCUGCGCGCGCGGUGGAUGUGCAGCCGCCUCCGGGCCUUGAGCGCGCCCCCUCCCCUUCCAAAGUUGCGCAGGCGUCGUUCGCCUCGGCCGCCAAUGGCGUCGCGACAGACGCACAGGGCAAGGUCGUGCUUAACGGCGCAUAACUGACUUUCAUUCCAUUGACUCUCGAGAGCAUCCCGGCAUCGCGCACUGCUCUGAGAUACCGACCAUACUGUCGACUGGCAGAAGAUUGCAUGCAUCCAUUAAAACUAGA